CUGGGGGACUCGAGAAACGUAUCAAGAGAUUCUGUUGCUAUAAACCAAAGCAAUUUACCGGAGUUGAAUAAGGACAAUUUAAUACGGGAUUCGCAAACGGGAGAGGGCUCAAACGGUUUCGAUAUGUCGGCGAAAUAUGCCGCCUUGAUUGAUGAAUCGCAGUAUACAAAUCAAACGAAUGAAUUGCAAACAACAACCCGCCACGAUUUGCAUAAUAGUCAACAUGAAAUUCCUGGAGCACUCGAUUAG